GUUUGGAAUCUGGCCAACUGCAAGCUGAAGACCAACCACAUCGGGCACACGGGCUACCUGAACACGGUGACCGUCUCCCCAGACGGCUCCCUCUGUGCCUCUGGGGGCAAGGAUGGCCAGGCCAUGCUCUGGGACCUGAACGAAGGCAAACACCUCUACACCUUGGAUGGAGGAGACAUCAUCAACGCUUUGUGCUUCAGCCCCAACCGCUACUGGCUCUGUGCUGCCACCGGACCCAGCAUCAAGAUCUGGGACCUGGAAGGUAAAAUCAUCGUGGAUGAGCUGAAGCAGGAGGUGAUCAGCACCAGCAGCAAAGCUGAACCACCCCAGUGCACGUCCUUGGCCUGGUCUGCAGAUGGACAGGUAAAAACCAUCUUCUUCUCCAUGUUCCCACCAUCCCCAACCUUGGGGGACCAUCAGGACACACUUGGUGUCACCUCCACCAUCAAGA